CGAGUGUCAAUGCAGACUUUGUAUAAGUUAAAGGUGUAUAAACAUUCUUAACAACAGGAAGGUAUGUUAUAAUGAAUAUUCUGGGAGACACUUCUAUUGAAAAAAAAAGGAUUAUUAGAAGUUAAACAGCAAUUCAUUAGUCUUCAAGUAGUUUAAUACAUGUGAAUCAGAACACUGAUGAAUAAUCCUGCUUACACAGUGAGGCUCGGAAUAUUUACAUUAUUUCACAUGUACCAUUAAAAUACACAGAACCAAUCAGCAAAUUGGAACUAGAAACAUUUACGAAAUUUGACUGAGAAAAAGGUAGCCUGCCAGAUUUGAUAUUGAAAUGCUGCAUUUGUCUUAUAAAGGCUAUCAUUAUAUUUCGAUCAAGUUAUAAUCAAUCGAAUGGAUGCUUUGGUAGAUUAUAAAUCUAUUUUAGUCAAAAACAACACAUUUGAUACGGAGUGUCAAGUGAUAGUAUAUUUUUAUUCAAAGCAUGACCCAGUAUGUUUGAUAUCGAGUUCGUCAAAGAUUUUGCGACGAGGAGAAGCUCACUUGCACCGCUACAAAGAUGGAUUCAAAUUCAAAAUCAAAACAAUUUACGAAAAAAGUAAAACAACAGUUGUUAAGACUAGAAAAUGGGAACAAGACAUGCACUUUUCAAUCAACAGUAGCCAGAGCGUGACUGAAAGUGAUUUAGAAGACCAUGUUUUGGAAAAAACUAUGUGUAUAAGAAAAUUAAACGUUGAAAAACAAGCAUCACUGGACGAUGGAAGAAACCUCUAUGAAAUACUUAAGCUGAACAUGGAAGAAAUAAGAAAAUUAGACAAAGAGAAACAAGAAACAGCAAUAAGAAAAUCUUUCCUAAAGGAAAUAUUGCGCUGGCAUCCAGAUACCGCUGGGGAGAAUGCUGAUAAUGACAUGACACAAAAAGUGUAUGAAGCAUACCACAUUCUGCGUGAUCCAAAAGAGAGGGGCAAAUAUCAUAACAGAGUUGAUUACAGUCAAGGAUGGCUUUCAGUAUCCAGGUGGAAAUCAAUUUUUAGGCCAGAAUAUAAGACUAAGUACAAAACACGAUUAUGUGUAAUGAUUGGUUCAUUACUUUUAGGUGCAGGUGGAUUGGCACUCUGCAUAGGGACUGCAGGACUGGCAGCACCUGCUGCAGUGGUUGUUGGUGGUAUUUUGGGGGCAGGUUUUUUUGGUGGAAGCCUUCAAAGUUUUUUCAGAAGUAUUAAUCGAAAGAGUAUCGAAGAAGGCUGUGACUUUAAGGACUAUGCAAAAAGCUUCGGCCUUGGAUUUGGUGCUGGGUUAGUAAGCGGUGGAGCAGGUGUGGGUAUAACGGCGGCAAUUGCAGGCAUAGGAAGCGCUGCUGCGCAAGCUUCCGUUACAACAGUUGGGCAGUUUAUAGGUAUGGGUGCAGGCUCAUCAGCUGUAGGAGGAGCAGCAUUUUCUCUUGCUGCAGAUGCUGAGAAGAAAUUAGUCGAUGGUAAAAAUGUGACAUUUAAGGAGGUAGUUGUUCAUGCAUUGACAGGUGCUGCUAUAGGUGGUGUGACUGGAAUAGCCGUGGGGGCAGUUGCUGGUUCUCUAACUGGUUUGUCUGCUGAGGUAUCUGCUACUAAUAUAGAAGAAAGGCUGGUUCCAGGUGCAAGGAGAUUUGGAGUUGCCCUGGCAAAAAGUUUGAGCAAAGGUGUCACAAAUAAAAGUACAGAGUCUGUACUUGAGUUAGUAAAGGGUUAUGUUGCGGAAAGAUUAGACGACGAACAGGAAAAUCGACCAGUAACGGAACAUUUAAUAGAAGGUGGAAAAAAACUUGCAGAAAGUGUUGUUUUGGAAAUAGGUAUCAAUGUUGGAGCUACAACAGUUGACCACGUAAGUAAUGAAAUAAAGGUCGAUCGUGAAGUGAAGAAAAAACCAGAAAACCAGAAACCAGAAACACUUGAUACAAAUGGAAAUUUAGAUAAUAUUGAAAGAAGUACUGAUUUAGAGAGGCCUUGCAGCACUCCAGAUUUUAAAAGUCGUAAUAAAUGUAACAAUUUAAGUAGUAAAAAUGAAGCAUCCGACAAUUCAGAUACUGCUGCAAGAAAAUUGCAGAACCAGCAUGAAAGGCAAAAAGCAAGAUAUAAUUUAGACCAAAAAUUACAUUUGACUUAUCGUGAAUGUAUGGUAGAAACAAACACCGACGUCCCUUGCCUAAAACGUAAACCGGUCAUUUAUGAUACAGAGAAACUUACCGAUGAAGAGAAGAAACGUCAUCUUCUAACAAGUGCUCGGUUUAUAUAUUUAUCAAAAGGAUAUUGGAUGUCAAAAAUGUUCGUAGAAUACACAGACAAGGAUAAUGAACUGCAGAAAAAAGAAACCAAAAGUGGCAAAGCUAUUGAGAUACCUAUUGAUGCAAAACAUGUAAAAAUAUUUUUUAAAGUGAUGAGAUUUGCCGGUGUGUGGUGUUUCGUGACAAAGUUAGAUCGUUUCAAAAAAGAGGAGCCUCAUAUAUUUACGUAUGAAAGGCCACCCGAAGAGAGAAGAUUUACUCUUGAUGGGUCACUCUAUUUCGUACGUGUCACUCAGGUGACAAAUGAACGGUUCGAUGAUGUCAUUGACAUAUGACCACCUCAACAUGCUCAUAAUGAUACUUUUACCCGACUAAUCGCAAUUGUAUGAUCAAGUGAUGAAGACAUACUUUUAAAUGGUUAAUUAAUUAUUACACACUCCAAUAUCUUCAAUAUGCAAUGUAAAUUGGAAUAAAGCAGCAUCUAUGAUUUGUUCCCAAACUUAAUUCUACUUUUCUAUCCUUAUGUAUGAAAAGUCUUGUUUGUAUUGAAAUUUAUCAAAUAAUGAUAUUUUAAGCACCGUUUAUAAAUAUACUGGUCAAAGAAAUUUUCGAUUUGAUUGAAAAUGUAUCAGUUAUAUCUGUACUUUUUGAUAAGAAAAAAACCUUUCAAUCUC